ACAGCACACGCCCGAAAAGAGAAACACAGCACAACACAACACAACACCAGAUAACAUCUCUCUUUCUCUCUCUCUAUCACCCCACACAAUACAACUGAGGAGAGAGAAAUUUCAGAGGACAGGCAAGCGAGGCGCAGAGGGUUCUUGGGGGAAGGGAGUGAAAAGUUGCAGUGAAAUAAUAAGGGGGGAGGAGGAAUUUGUAGCUCAAAGGCUCAGGUAGAGCUCAAAAGGGGGGCCAGAAGAAAAUGGGAAAAAGAAACGAAGAUAUUUAAUCUUUUGUAGUGAUGAUGAGAUCGGGUGGUGUUUUGGAGCAUAGGGUUUUGUGGGGUUUUGGGUAAAUGAGUGUGCUUUUUCUUGGAUCUAAGAAGGGGUAUUUGUUUAAUAUUGUUGUGUGUGGGUGUGUAUAUAUACAUAGAUAAAUCUGUAUGUAUAGGUGAGGAUGAUGGGGGUGCACAGAGACGCCUUGGUUUCAUUGGUAGUGUGGCUGAUCCUGGUGGUUCAUCCAUUUAGGCUCAUUGUUGCUAACAUGGAAGGUGAUGCUUUGCACAGCCUAAGGACCAACUUACAAGAUCCUAACAAUGUAUUGCAGAGUUGGGACCCUACCCUUGUCAAUCCUUGUACAUGGUUUCAUGUUACUUGCAACAACGAUAACAGUGUUAUAAGAGUUGAUCUGGGAAAUGCUGCUUUAUCAGGUCAAUUAGUUCCUCAACUUGGCUUGCUGAAGAAUUUGCAGUACUUGGAGCUUUACAGCAAUAACAUAAGUGGGCCAAUUCCCAGUGAUCUUGGAAAUCUGACAAAUCUGGUGAGCUUGGAUCUCUACUUGAACAGUUUCACUGGCCCUAUUCCGGAUUCCUUAGGCAAGCUGUCGAAACUUCGCUUCCUCCGGCUCAACAACAACAGCCUAACAGGUUCCAUUCCCAUGCCACUAACUAAUAUCACGGCACUACAAGUCUUGGAUCUGUCAAACAAUCGUCUCUCUGGUCCAGUUCCAGAUAAUGGUUCUUUUUCCCUCUUCACGCCCAUUAGUUUUGCUAAUAACAUGAAUCUUUGUGGGCCGGUAACUGGGCGUCCUUGCCCAGGAUCUCCUCCAUUUUCUCCACCUCCGCCAUUUGUUCCACCACCUCCAAUUUCUGCUCCAGGUGGAAAUGGCAUAACUGGAGCUAUUGCGGGAGGGGUAGCUGCAGGUGCUGCUUUACUCUUUGCUGCCCCCGCCAUUGCUUUUGCAUGGUGGCGUCGCAGAAAGCCACAAGAGUUUUUCUUUGAUGUUCCAGCCGAGGAAGAUCCUGAAGUUCACUUGGGACAGCUUAAAAGGUUCUCUCUUAGAGAGCUACAGGUUGCGACUGAUAGCUUUAGCAACAAAAACAUUCUGGGCAGGGGUGGAUUCGGUAAGGUAUACAAGGGACGGCUUGCAGAUGGGUCUUUGGUGGCUGUAAAACGAUUGAAAGAGGAGCGCACACCUGGUGGAGAGCUUCAAUUUCAAACAGAAGUUGAGAUGAUUAGCAUGGCGGUGCAUAGAAAUCUCCUUCGAUUGCGUGGGUUUUGUAUGACACCAACUGAGCGGCUUCUUGUUUAUCCCUAUAUGGCCAAUGGAAGCGUUGCAUCAUGCUUGAGAGAACGGCCAACGGAUGAAGCACCACUUGAUUGGCCAACAAGGAAGCGCAUUGCAUUGGGGUCCGCCAGGGGACUGUCAUAUUUGCAUGAUCAUUGUGAUCCGAAGAUUAUUCAUCGUGAUGUGAAAGCUGCAAACAUACUAUUAGAUGAAGAGUUUGAGGCUGUUGUGGGAGACUUUGGUUUGGCGAAACUUAUGGAUUAUAAGGAUACUCAUGUAACCACAGCUGUACGUGGCACAAUCGGGCAUAUAGCUCCAGAGUACCUAUCCACCGGGAAGUCUUCGGAAAAAACUGACGUUUUUGGAUACGGGAUCAUGCUUCUAGAGCUUAUCACUGGACAAAGAGCCUUUGAUCUUGCUCGCCUUGCAAAUGAUGAUGACGUUAUGUUGCUUGAUUGGGUGAAAGGGCUACUUAAAGAGAAGAAACUGGAAAUGCUGGUCGAUCCCGAUCUCCAGACCAAUUACGUCGAGGCUGAGGUGGAGCAGCUAAUCCAGGUUGCCUUGCUUUGUACGCAAAGCAAUCCAAUGGAACGCCCCAAGAUGUCGGAAGUAGUGAGGAUGUUGGAAGGCGAUGGGUUGGCCGAGAGAUGGGACGAGUGGCAGAAGGUAGAAGUUCUUCGCCAGGAGGUUGAACUAGCGCCUCACCCCGGCUCGGAUUGGAUUGUAGACUCAACAGAAAACUUACAUGCAGUUGAAUUAUCUGGUCCUAGGUGACCUCCGAUUAACUGAAAAAAAAAAGGAUUUGUUAGGACUUGUGAUUUUUUGUUGUUUUGUUUUUGUGAUAAGCUUCUUCUUCCCUGUCAUUUAUGAUGAGAAUAGGCAAUUAGAAGUCCUCUUGUAAGCCCUCUCCGAAGUAUAUUCCUUGUUUUUCUUUUAUGUGCAUAUGAAUUUGUACUUAUAAACAUUUCUAAAAUCCACGUCAUGGAAAUUGCACAUAUAUUGAUUAUCGGAGAAAA